AUGAAAUANUUUAUUUGUUCAUGUCCUGGUAAAGUAUUAUUAGCAGGUGGUUAUGCUAUUUUAAAUCCAGAUAAUCAUGGGGUAUCAAUAGCAAUCAAUGCUAGAUUUAGAACAGAAAGAAACAAAUUAUAGGAAAAAUCCUAAAUAAUCUUUAAAAGUGAAUAAUUUUCCUAAGAAAUCAAAUAUUCUCUUACUCAAAUAAGUGAGAGUGAAAAUAUCUACUUUGAUGCAAUUUAAUAAGUUUUAUUUAAGAACCAAAUUGUUAAAGAUUCUUGGUACAUUGAAACAAAACCAGAUUAAGCAUUUUAUACAUAAAACUAAAUAAAUAAAAUCACAAAAUUAGGCUUGGGAAGUUCUGCUUGCUUAAUUGUCUCUUGUUUAGGAUAAUUUAUUAAUGAUAAUUAUUAUCUGUACGAAUUAGCUUAGUAAGCUAAUAUGAUUGCUUAAUAAAACAAAGGAUCAGGUUUUGAUAUCUCAACUGCAAUUUAUGGUAGUUAACUGUUUAGUAAGAAAGAAUUUAAACCUUUAGAUGGGCUUGAUAAAAACUAUUAAAUAUUGUUGAUUGAUUUAAAAUAGGGACAAAGUACUAUCAAGGGAAUUAAUACAAUACAAAAAUUUUUAUCUGAAAAUUAAAAAUAUAAAAAGCAUUUCUUAGAAAAGAGCGAAAAAUGUGUUCUAGAAUUAUUUGAUCUACUCAAAUAAUAGUAAUUUUCUCGAGAAAAGUUCCUAAAUAUAAAUUAGGAAUAUCGUUAUUUAUUAAGAGAAUUAGGUUUGUUGGCUAAUUAUGAAAUUGAACCUGAAAUUUCAACUGAGAUAAUCAAUUUUUCCCUUACACAGCCAUCGACAUUAUGGGGAAUCUGUCCAGGAGCAGGAGGUUAUGAUGCUAUUGCAAUCCUAUGUAAAAAUGUGACAGAAAAUGAAAUCAAUAAAAUAAAUGAGUUUGCUGUUUCAAAAGGAUUUGAAAAUUCAGUGCAUUUAUUUUCAAUUGAUAAAGGCAUUUAAAGGGAUAUCAUUAUUAUUUGA